UGUAAUAAGUACAUUACCUCCACACAAAACUCAAAAGCUGAUAGAUACUUGCAAACUAGAGUUGCUACAUUCAUAUACAUUGUACUAUUAGCUAUUUAGCUUGUCUGAAGAUUUUAUUGCGAGCUUAAAUAUAUAGUACUUCAUACGAAUGGCGGACUGGGGCCCAGUGCUGGUGGCGGUGGUGCUGUUCGUGUUGCUAACUCCGGGUCUGAUUUUUCAGUUACCGGGUCGGAACCGGGUCGUUGAGUUCGGAAACAUGCAUACUAGCGGUGCUUCUAUUAUAGUUCAUGCGGUCAUCUAUUUUGGUCUUAUCACCAUCUUUCUCAUUGCUAUUGGCGUUCACAUCACCACUGGCUAGUUUGAUGGAGCCGUGGUUGUACGGGUCGGGUCCUAUCUUAUGAUAAGCUUGUACUGUAUCUAUGUGACUGUGUUUACUGUUUAUGUAUUGAAGUUGUUAUUGGAUACUCUGUGACUGAGGAGAUCAGUAUUAAGUGAAUGAAUUAUGAAUCGUUUCUGCUUGA